AUGUGCUCCAGAAUCGCAUCCCCCAGACCUUCGCAAGCCACCUGGGUAAACCCAAACCCGGAAACCCAAUACUGGCUCGACAAGUCAUCAAGUUCAAUGAGCCAGCUGUCGUGGGGAAAUGAUGUCUGGGACGUUCAAAGUCCAAGUGUCCAAGCUCUAUCCCCCGACGCAGCCACUCCUCCAGAUGACAAUCGACUUCACGAGGUUUAUAGUCUUCCGAUGCCACCGGUGGACGGGAGGGGAAGAAGAGGAGCGGUGGCGGUGCCGAGUGAGUGGGGAACGGUUAUUAGAGAGUUAGAGGAUUCCAAGGGGGAGGUGGUGGAUGGGUUGGAUGUGAGUGGGUUUGGGGAUGUGGGGAUGAAAUUUAGAGAUCCGUUUCCGAUUCGGUUGAAAAGACCUACUUUUACACGGCAAGAUGUCCAGCUAGUACCAAACAGAAACCGCGCAACAAAAAGUGCGUUGUCACCGGUCGUUGUGGCCAGAGAACGAAAGCAACAUACUGUCUCGCCGGAUCCUUGGUGGCCGUCCACCGAGCCUUCGGAACAACAGUUGGAUUCAUUUUUGUCUCGACAUGACGCUGGCGAUUAUAAUCCGACGCUGGAUUUCUUGAAAGGGACCAGUCUUUCGCUGAUUUCUCAUUCUGAGAUAAAAAUCAGAAAGGAGCCAAAACAGAAAAGGAUUGCAAGAGCCUGUGUCGGUUGCAGAGAGAGUAAAGUUGUAUGUGAUGAGAUUCUUCCUCAAUGUGGGAGGUGUGUACGGCUAUGUUUCAAUUGUUGUUAUUUGGAAAAGCCUAAGAAGACUUCGGCGCCAAUCAGCUUGUCGCCAUCGAAACAUACGUCAAAGACUAGCACUUUAGUUGUCAGGAGAAAAGUCGAUAAUGCACGAGCUCGGGCAGUGGUACUAGCACGAACGCAGCCUUCAAAAGAGGAGAUUUGCAAACCUUCACAUGCCUCCUUACCGGCAAAGGUUCCACUACAAUCAAUUGGGAUCGUUCAGACUCCGACAUCAACCAGCGCACUGUUAAAGGCCAUCCUAGACAGAAAUACGACGCCGUUGAUUUACGACUCUACUGACCCUAGCGACGCUUUCCAAACGGAUGCUUUCUGGUCGGAUGACUAUUCAGGUUCGGACGAAUUUGACAUUCAUGAACACUUUGACUCGCUUAUGAGUAUUCAAGAAGUGUCAAAGACUGCCAACUUGACACCUCCGAAGAAUAUGGUAUCUUCAAGACUGAGCCCAGCAAAGAAGACUAUGAUCGAGUCUUUGAUGAAAGAGUUCUGGAUACUCUUCAACGAACAGUGGUCGACAGCUGUUGAACAACGUGGUGGUGGAUCUUCAGGAUCAAGUAACUCGGCAUAUCGUUCGUCGCCAUCUGCAAGUUCGCAAAAUACCAACGAUACGACUCCACCUGGUGAUAGAAAAGGCAAAAGGCGAAAGACUAACGAUGACGGUGGAAAUAAUUCGGAAGAUGAAGACGAUAGAGAUCCAAAACGACCCAAGAACGCUUCAUCAUUACAAAGCGACAAGCCAAAAUCUAUGUUCGCUUGUCCAUAUCGAAAACACAACCCCCAAACCUACCACACCCGCAAUCGUGCAUGGCGGACUUGUGCGCUGAACUCUUUUGAGAAUAUUGCUCGUCUCAAGGGUCAUCUCUACCGCCACCAUCGAAUCUUCCAAUGUCCUAGAUGCAAAGGUCUAUUCCCCAACAAAGUGGAACUAGAUGCACACUUCAUAUCGAUCGAAGGCUGUGAACUCAACACUAGAGAGCUUCAAGAAGGCAUCAACGACGAUACGGAGAAGAGACUUCGCAGCAGGAAGAAAGCACAUAGAGAUCAAACUGAAGCUGAGCGAUGGGUGGAGAUAUACGGUGUACUUUUCCCUAAUGAAACUGUACCGACACCUUAUUUUGAAGAAAUCGAGACUGAACCCACAAAUUCACCACACUCCCACGACCUCUCAAAUUACGAAGAAUACUCGCGUACGGAGUUACCGCGCAUCUUCCGUAGUGCCCUUGAAGAAUCGAUAGCACGAGAAGCUCAACCAAUUGAAGAGCGACUGCGUAGUCAACUCGUUGGUCUGAUUCGCGAGUGUCAGGAUCGUAUGUUUUUGAAGUACAGGUCUUCGCAGGUCCAGACAGGAGGCUCGGGUGAUGGACCCAAGUGUUUAGAUACGAGUGUUAAAAGGGAAGAACAUAGUUCAACUGCACCUCUAAAGGGCAUGGACUCGCCAUCAACAUCCGAUACCUCCCUUCCCUACCUCGAGGGUAGCAGUAAAAGCAACCGCGACUCCGGCUACGACGAUAACUCCUCGGCACCUUCAAUUCACCAAUCCAUCCCCAAUGAUACACCUCAUACCAGCGAUAAUCCAACAACAAAACUCGAAACUCUACCUUCAUACACGAGUUUCGGGGUGGGUGAGGAUCUCGAAACAAGUUAUUUCGCGGAUGAUAUCGCGAGAUACGAUAUCAAUCAGCAGUUCCCGGAUGACAUCUUCGGUGAGAGUAAUGGGUUUGUGGAUGGGCAGAAUUUGUUUGAGUGGGAGUUUGGAGGGGGAUUCGGGGGACGGUUUUGA